AUGGGCAAGCUGCACUUUGGCUUUGCACAGCCCGGUGAUCACACUGGCUGGGCUGAAGUGACAACCUGUGCGUGUCCCACACUGCUGUCUCCUCCUUUCUGUCAGUUCUUCCAGCAACCUUUGCUGAUGAAGCUGUUAAAUAUCCUUUCUAGAAGAUGAGGGAAUUCAAUCUUCAAACUUUCCAAUGACAGAUUUAAGGGAUUCUGCUUUCUCUGGACUAUAUUGUGUUUUACCUGGUUCCUGGGAUUCACACAGGGAAAUUCUGAAGAUGUGGAUGUUCUUCAGAGACUGGGCCUGUCAGGGAAAAGGCCAUCGAGUGGAUGGUCCUCCUCACGUGUAGUUCCUCAAGGAGUCAUUCCUUUCAAAUCAGGGGUCAUCUUCACUCAGCGAGCCCGUGUCGAAGCACCGCUCAGCACCCUCCUCCCCGCAGGCUCCACCUCUGACCUGCUGCUGGUGCUGAGCCUCUGCUCCCACCGCAUCAACAACGCUUUUCUCUUUGCUGUCAGGAGCAAAAAGAAAAAACUGCAGCUGGGGGUCCAGUUUGUGCCUGGGAAGAUCAUCGUGUAUGUGGGCCACAAGCGCUCUGUAUAUUUUGAUUACAAUGUCCACGAUGGCCAGUGGCACAAUAUGGCCAUCAACAUUCGUGGCCAGACAGUCACUUUAUUUACUUCUUGUGGGAAGCGCAGAGUACAUGCGGAUUUGCAUUUUAAAAAGGACGAGGCGUUGGAUCCACACGGAUCUUUCCUCUUUGGGAAGAUAAGCCAGCACUCCGUGCAGUUCGAAGGAGCCAUCUGCCAGUUUGAUAUUUAUCCUUCCGCCAAGGCAGCUCAUCAUUACUGUAAAUACCUGAAAAAACAGUGCAGGCAGGCAGAUACCUACCGGCCAAACUUGCCCCCACUCAUCCCCCUCCUGCCCAGGGACCCCAGUGCCUCCCCCAGCACCCCACAGCGUACAGAGCCCUUGCUGCAGGGUCUGAAAAACCUGACCACUGCUGCCCCAAAUGUGGAGUUUGGCAGGGUCACUGCACCCCUCAAGACGAGGGGUUCAGGUGCAACAACCAUCACAUUGCUGUCAACCCCACCAUCACGGCCGAGACUGACUACCAAGGCCACCAAGGUGACAGUGGCCCCACCUGUUCCGUCGAGUACCAAAUCACAGGUACCCACCCUGUGCUCGCUCCCUCAGGGCACAGGGACAGCCUUCAGGGAGGCUCAGCCCACUCCCAGCACACACAGGGAGAAAACUCCCCUUCCCACUGCCAGAAGGGCCCCACCAACGAGCCAGAGCCUGGUCACGGCCAGCAGGAAGGAGUCCAAGCAAGAGACCAAAAAGAAGAUCAACCAAAAACCAACCGUGGAGCCCCCUGAAGUGCCCAGCACUGUAAAGCCAAUGAGGAGGGUGACUGAUAACACAACGAGCAAUGUCCACCUUGUUACCCUAAAGCAAAACCCAAGCCGUGGGCCCAUCCCAAAGAAGCACGUGCCGUCCCCCACCAGGAGAGUGGAUCCCAGUAGCAUCCCUCUGGUGUACACCAAGCCACCCCUGGGGUCUGCCCAGCCUGCCUCCAGAGCCAGGGCACAGGCCUUCAACCUCACAACCCCAGUUGCCACCGAUGGCUAUCAAAUCUUUGACCCCUUGGGACCCACUCCGUUUCCAUUUGUACUGGGAUAUCCAGGAGUGAAAGGAGAGAGAGGACCUCAGGGCCCACCAGGUCUGCCAGGCUUACCAGGACCCCCUGGCAAGAGAGGUUCUCGAGGUCCUCCAGGUCCCCAUGGAAACCCUGGCUCACCUGGCCCCCCAGGACUGAAAGGUCAGAAGGGUGAUCCUGGGCUGUCACCAGGAAAAGCUCGCAAUGGGCAGAAGGGAGACGUGGGCUUACCUGGUUUAACUGGGUUCCCUGGACCACCUGGUAGAAAGGGAUAUAAAGGCUACCCUGGACCACUGGGUCACCCUGGAGACCAGGGCGAGCGAGGACCAGCUGGAAGUCCAGGUGCCAAAGGUUAUCCUGGCAGGCAGGGUUUACCUGGCCCCAUAGGGGAAUCUGGCCCAAAAGGAACUCGGGGGUAUAUUGGUCUCCCAGGACUAUUUGGGCUACCAGGGGCUGAUGGAGAACGAGGGAUCCCUGGAGUUCCUGGGAAGAGGGGCAAGAUGGGUAGGCCGGGUUUUCCUGGUAAUUUUGGAGAGCGAGGACCUCCAGGCAUCGAUGGGAACCCUGGAGAAUUGGGAGCUCCAGGUCCUCCUGGAGUCCUUGGACUCAUUGGUGACAUGGGCCCUGUUGGACCAAUUGGCUACCCAGGACCAAAAGGAUUAAAGGGGCUGAUGGGAAACCCUGGAGAACAUGGACUGAAAGGUGAUAAGGGUGAUCAGGGAAGAGCAGGUGUUCCAGGAGAUAUUGGCUUCCAAGGAGACAAGGGCAGCCAGGGCUUGCCUGGGGUCCCUGGGGCACGAGGGAAGGCAGGCCCCCUGGGAAAAGUCGGUGACAAAGGACCAGUUGGGUUUCCAGGACCACCUGGCCCUGAGGGCUUCCCAGGCGACAUUGGCCCACCAGGAGAAAACGGUCCCGAAGGUCUGAAGGGAAAGCCGGGAGCACGAGGUUUACCUGGGCCAAGAGGACUGCCUGGACAAGAGGGAGAUGAAGGACCCUUAGGACCACCAGGAGUCCCUGGUCCAGAGGGUCGAUCUGGUCGGAAGGGAUUUCCGGGAACACCUGGUCCCAAUGGUCCAAAGGGUGAGCCAGGAAACCGUGGCCGACCAGGAAAAGUUGGUGAGCAGGGUCUAAUGGGUUUCAUUGGUCCGGUGGGGGAGCCUGGAAUAGCAGGAGAAAAGGGUGACCGUGGCUCAGUGGGACCCCCAGGCCCUCCAGGAGUCAAGGGGUCGAUGGGGCACCCUGGGAUGCCAGGAGGAGUGGGUUUUCCUGGGAUCCCUGGACCAACAGGUCCGGCAGGAGCCCGUGGUGCACCAGGGGUCCGAGGAAUGAAAGGCCGCAGGGGUGCCAGAGGGCCUGAUGGACCCGUAGGCGAGCCAGGGUCGCGAGGUGUCAAGGGCCGACCAGGGGAGCCAGGCAGGGUGGGCCCAGAUGGGCUGCAGGGCAAGAUGGGGGAGACUGGGGAGACUGGAGCACGUGGCUUCCCAGGUAUCCAAGGACCUUCUGGACCUCCAGGAGCAAAAGGGGCUCCAGGAGACCCGGGUCCCCAAGGACCACAGGGGCCACCCGGGCCUUUGGGAGAAAUGGGGCAUAAGGGACCACCAGGCUCAAUGGGACAACCUGGUCUUGCAGGUGAACCUGGCAUGAAGGGUGAUCCUGGCCUGUUAGGAAUCCCUGGAGAGCAAGGUCUCGUUGGCCCAAGGGGAGAACCCGGGCUGGAAGGGGACAGCGGGCAGCUCGGGCCAGAUGGGAUCAAGGGAGACAAAGGAGAGCAAGGCCCAGAAGGAGAGAAAGGAGAAAAAGGCAGUGAAGGACUGAAGGGAAAAGAAGGACCUCCUGGAUAUCCCGGCAUCCCAGGUGUCCGAGGACCAGAAGGGAAACCAGGAAAACAGGGGGAAAAGGGCAAGCCUGGCCAGAAGGGCAGCAAAGGCUACCAGGGGCAGCUCGGUGGGAUGGGAUCCCCAGGGAAGCAGGGGCCGAAGGGGAACCAAGGCCCUAAAGGAUCCCGAGGUACCCUGGGACCGAUGGGAGCUCCAGGAAGGAUGGGCGCUCAAGGGGACCCAGGCUUAAAGGGUUACCAGGGACAUGCAGGACCACCGGGGCCGAUUGGACCACCAGGGCCAAAGGGGGAAAAGGGACAACAAGGUGAUGACGGGAAGGUAGAAGGCCCACAAGGACCACCUGGAGACAGAGGCCCCAUUGGUGACAGAGGUGACCGAGGGGAGCCUGGAGACACUGGUUAUCCUGGUCAGGAAGGGCUUGAUGGAGAAAGAGGAAAACCUGGGCAGCAAGGCUUACCGGGAGAUCCUGGAUCACCAGGCAAGCCAGGAGCAAAGGGAUCCAAAGGUGAAGUGGGUCAAAAAGGAAAGCAAGGAGCACAGGGCAGUGCAGGGAGCAGAGGCUCACCGGGCAUCCUUGGGCUACCAGGUCCUCGAGGAGUGGUGGGAAGGCAGGGUCAGGAGGGUGCCCCUGGAGUGGACGGAGUGCCCGGGAAGGACGGCGUGCCUGGGACGCUGGGAGAGCAGGGUGACGAUGGGGAAGAAGGUGUGACCGGGAUGUCAGGCAAGAGAGGGAACCCCGGCGUGCCAGGACUCCCAGGGGCCCAGGGACCACCAGGAUUCAAGGGUGAAAGAGGAUUGCCUGGACAGACUGGCCAAACAGGGAAGCGAGGAUCACCAGGAGGAACGGGCCUUCCAGGGAGCCCUGGCGACCCAGGACCCAAAGGACAGCUGGGCGACUUUGGAGAGGCAGGAUUUCCAGGGAUUGCAGGACUGUUUGGGCCAAAGGGCCCCCCAGGAGACCUUGGGUUCAAAGGUAUUCAGGGACCACGUGGACCACCAGGUCUCAUGGGAAAAGAAGGAAUUAUUGGUCCUCUCGGCAUUCAAGGUCCCACAGGAAGUCCUGGGCCCAAGGGUGACAAAGGCAGCCGUGGGGAGAUGGGUCUUCAAGGUCCAAGGGGUCCUCCAGGCCCUCAAGGACACCCUGGCCCUCCGGGACUGCCAGGAGUUCCAGCCUCAUUUCAGCAAGAUGGCUUUGGGGCAGCUUUCCAGACACUGAUCGACUCCAACACCGCGCUCAAGAGAGAGGGUUACCAACAUCCAGACCUUCUCAUGCUGGACCAUGGAGGGGAGAUCUUUAAGACUCUACACUACCUCAGCAACCUCAUUCAGAGCAUCAAAAGACCCCUGGGAACCAAGGAAAACCCUGCGCGCAUCUGCCGGGACCUGAUGAACUGUGAAGAGAAGAUGACCGAUGGUACCUACUGGAUUGACCCAAACCUUGGCUGUUCCUCAGACACCAUAAAGGUCAUCUGUAACUUCACCAACGGUGGCCAGACGUGUCUCAGCCCUGUCACUGUCUCCAAGCUGGAUUUUGACAUCGGGAGAGUCCAGAUGAACUUCCUGCGACUGCUGAGCUCGGAGGUGGUGCAGCACAUCACCAUCCACUGCCUGAACACCUCUGUGUGGCGCGAAGGCUCUGCUGAGAAACCCUCGGAGAAAGCCGUGCGCUUCAGGGCCUGGAACGGGCAGAUGUUUGAAGCCAGUGGGCAGCUCAGGCCAGAAGUGGCAGCUGAUGAUUGCAAGAUCAAGGAUGGGCGCUGGCAUCGGACCCUCUUUUCCUUUCGGACACAAGACCCUCAGCAGCUGCCAAUUGUCAACAUCUACAACCUGCCCCCGUCCGAGCCAGGACAGCAGUAUCACCUCGAGGUCGGCCCCGUCUGCUUCCUCUGAACCAAGCUAUGGAACGCGGGCUCUGAGGCUCCAAUCCCGCCAGUGGCCUGUCCUCACAGGGGCUCUCCCCCCUCUCUGCAGCAAGGACAGCUGGGCUGUAUCUUUUGGGUCAACUCUUGCUCCAGCCUUUGGCUCAAGGUCUCCAAGAACCCAUGAUCUACUGAACUCAGCCAGUUGUUGGAAGGAGGAAGAACAAGGACGUGGGGGAAGCGGGCAUCAGUCAGGAUGUGAGCAGUGAAAAGGGAGCAGGGGACUGGAUGUUGU